AUGGAUUUGCUUAAAUUUUUGGAAACUUUAACAAAUAAUCAAUCGGUUGAUGAAGGAGAUAUUAAUUCAUCUAAUUCUAUUAAUGAACAAUCUAAUGAAAAUGAUUCUAUUCCUAAAGAGAUUGUUGAUAAUUUAGUUAAUGUUAUUGUUAAUACAUUCCAACGAAGACAUAAAAAAACAUAUGAAGAAGUUAUUACAACAAAAACAUUGACAUCAGAAGCAAUGAUUGAAUUAUCUAUUAUUGGUGCGGAAUUUUUAUAUCAAUUUUUUAAUAGUGCUCACAUUAGUCAAAGUAGACCUAUUGCUGAAUUAAUUUGUGAUAAACUUAAUGUUGUUCGAGAUAUAAGAUUUACAGGAUCUCAAGGAUUAUUGUAUAAAAAGUUAAGAAGUAAAGCUUCUAAUAGACUUAGAAAACGAAAAAGAGAUCAAAAUGUUGAGAAUAAUGAUGUAUGUGAAAAGAAAACUAAUCAAUAG